AUGUUUAGACUGUUAUAUAAUGCUCCUCAAGGUCUUAGACCUGCACUUUUAAAAGUGAGAAGCAGCACUCACCACCACCAAAUAGCUUUGAGUAAUUCUACUCAAUCUUCAAAUACAACUUCAGCUUCCAUACAGAGAAGCUCAAGUCCGAAUGUCGUAUCUCAAGCUGCUUUCUUGAGUACCUCCAUUUCGCAUGCCCAGCAGUCGCAACAGCACCAGAUCAAGACCCAGACGCAUCCCGAUCCCGCUGACAACGCUGGUGAAAAGAAGUUUCGUAAACCCCACCAUCGCAACUACAACAACCAGGGCCAUCGCCACAAUAAUAACAAUAACAACAACAACGGCAAUGGUCACAGAGGAGGUAAGGCUCAAAGCUUUGUCUAUUCUGAGAAACCAAGACCGUCAGUCUUGGAUACUUUGAGUGUCAGCGACUUGCUCGCAAGCAUCAAGAAGGAUCCGGUGUUGAUGGAAGCCAUGACUGAGGAAUAUACCAACAAGCUCGACCACUUUGCAGAGCAAAUCCAGUUGGGGUUGAAAUUGAAGGAUUCCCAUAUUCAGUCGACUAGAUCGUCAAAUGUCAUGACGGUAGUUAAUGAUUUGAGUAAAAUCUUACAAGAUGAAAACUUCCGCCUGCUUCUUGGAACUAAGGACUUGAGUUUGUAUCUCAACCUUCUUAAUAACGCUACUUUCAAGAAUAGACUUUAUAAGUUGAGACCAGCUAACAAGCAGGAUAGUGACCAGUAUUCAUCUGAUGCUAUGAGAGACGAAGUCAUGUUAAAAGAUGCCACUUUGAAAAUGACCGAAUGGGUGGGUCAGGGAGAAUUCAAUUCAAUUCUCAACUUUGAAGCAGUUAAGUUUUUAUUCUACACCAUGUUGCAGUUCAAAUUAGAACCUGAAAUUCUACAACUCUGGGAGGCUGGUGUCAAUGAAGACGGUGAACUCUGCAAGAUCUAUUUGCUGCACACCAUCUUAGGAUUGGUGUUAAGGCUCGCGUACGACUCGAAAAAGUUCAACUACGAGGAAAUCUUAAGCAUUUACGAAUUAAAUACCCAAAAAACCAAAAAGAUCCAACCAGAACUUUUGGCUUGUAUAGGUCAAGUUGCUGUAAAGGAGGCUGACUACAAGAGAGGUUUAGACAGCUUGGAGUCGUUACUAGUCUCAUUCGAGGAAGAUCCAAAAUCAAGAUAUAAUAUAUUAUCCUCUUUGUCUUCUUUACACUUGGCUUUUAUUGCUGACUGCAAGGAUUUAACAAUUGCAAAGCACUUCUUUGAUAAAGUUGUCGAUGGAAAAUUACCUUACGACAUACAGUUGAAAAUUCCAUAUGUACAAUCUCUUUUGGAAAACUGUUAUGAAGAGGCCGAGACUCCAGAAGAAUCGAUGGAAUUGAUAGAAGAUAUUUGGACGAAGACUUUGAACCAUAUAGUCUCUACUACUGCUAAGAGACCACUGGGUGCCAGAUAUUCCAAUUUAAACAAUACAUUUUUCGGAAUUUUUUUCAAGAGAUACCCUGAAUUGAACGAUGAAUCAUAUAACAAAUUGAAGGACUUGAUCAAGACGUACACUGAAAUUAAAGUUGUUGAUGAAAUUUUUUUAAACACCAUUAUCAGUAACUACAACUGGGGCAACAAGAUGGUUUUAGAACAAUUAAUCGAAUACUAUACUAUAUACAACGUGGAAAGGUCACCAGUUUCCUUUAGAAUCAGUUUAAAAUGUGCUAAGGAUAUCCAGGAGUAUUCCAACCAAGAAAUUUAUGCAAAGUGGUUAGAAUCAUUAAAGUUUUUGGAUUCAAGAGGGUACAACUAUAUCCCGAUUGCCGAUUGGGCUGCAUUCAGAGAUUGUACUAUUUUGUCUCCAUUUGAUCAACAGAGAAAACAAUUCUACUUGCACGUAGCCGACUUGUAUAAAAACUACAUGCAAGACUAUAAAACUUGUAUUAGAUUCUGCAAGCAUUGGCAGAAGCAAAGAGAACAUUUCAGAGACAUAGCCAAGCUCUCUGAAGAUGGUGGCCCUGAAAGAUUUGAAACUGAUGUUGUUUGUGAAGUUCCAGAGUUUAGGAACUUGAAGGAGAAUAUUAACUUCAAUGUCUUUUCCAAAGAGAUCCUUGCCAGAGUUUAA